AUGGGGCUAUACCAAAGCAGUACGAGGCCCAGGAGCCUCAUAUCCAAAACACUCCAACGUUGCCUCUCACUAAAGUCGCAGUCGGGCAGGUACGCCGUCUCGCCGGCCGGUUGGGUUUCAGUUCAGGUGGGAAGGGAGAAAGAGAAGUUUCUGAUCCGGGCGGAGUGGAUGAACCACAGUCUUUUCCGGGGACUGCUGGAUGAGGCUGAGAAAGAGUACGGUUACGCCGGUUACGCUGCGAAGGGCUCGCUGGAGCUUCCCUGCAGCAUCGAGGUGUUUCAUUUGGUGCUGUGGGAAAUGGAUCAGGAAGAAGCGGAUUGCGCGGCGGCGGCGACUGCGGUGAUGUGUGGGUUUGGUGCGUUGCCGUUGAGAGGAGCAAGAAGGGGAUAUCGACUGCUCGGUCAAUCGAGGGCGGUGGCCGCCUGCAGGUUAUAUGGUUGA